CGCGCGGGGCUGUCGGGCGCUCGCGGCUGAGGCGAGGCGAAGCGGGCUCUCCGCCGGCAUGGCCCGGAACACGCUCUCCUCGCGCUUCCGCCGCCUGGACAUCGACGAGUACGACGAGAACAAGUUCGUGGAGGAGCCGGACGAGGCGGCGGCGGCCGAGCCGGACCCGGCUCCCGAGGUGGAGGCGCUGCUGAGGCAAGGUGAUAUGCUCCAAGCUUUCCACACAGCCUUAAGGAAUUCUCCCUUGAACACAAAGAACCAAGCAAUAAAGGAACGGGCCCAGGGAGUGGUGCUUAAGGUCCUCACAUCCUUUAAAAGCAGUGAGAUAGAACAGGCAGUAAACUCGUUAGACAGAAAUGGUAUUGAUUUGUUAAUGAAGUACGUUUAUAAAGGAUUUGAAAAGCCAACAGAAAAUAGCAGUGCAAUAUUACUUCAAUGGCAUGAAAAGGCACUAGCAGUAGGUGGACUAGGUUCCAUAGUAAGAGUUCUUACAGCAAGAAAGACUGUUUAAAAGACUAUUAACUUGAACCAAGAUGAACAGGUUUGGACUCAGAAGAAAGAAUUAGCUGAAGUGACACUGGUCCAUCUUUCUAGACAUUGCAAUCUACUGAAACUUUGGAAACCUCUGGAAUGCUUCUAAUUUUAAAGGUUGGGGGAAAGAGUAAAUACUCCUAUCAAAUAUAGGAGCUGAGACAUUCUGAUCCCUUGUUUAAAGGUAAAGCAGAAGGCAGAAAUUCUGCCCUUAUUACUGUAAGGGGAGAGGUAAUUAAAUCCUGUGUAUUGCUUAUUUAAAAGAAGAGGUGCUGUGGCUUCAGCAAACACAAAAUUGACUGGUUUCUGGGUGGGGGGAAAUGUUUAUUUGAAAGGGGACUUUGUACAUAUAAUCAAAGGACUAGCUGGACUACUGGUUUGGUUUCGUUGUAAAGUGCCUGCUGCAUCAAUAAAGCUCUUGGAUUAUAAGA